AUGAGACUUCUAAAGCCAGCUUUCCACUUACUGUUCUAUUCGUUUUCUUUUGGCGGGUCCACAUUCUAUUCAUAUGUUGCUUCCCCCAUAGCCUAUAAAGCAUUGGACAUUGAUAGUUUUUCAACGUUACAGCAAAAUGUUUUCCCACUCUUUUUCAAGUUUCAAACAGCAUAUCCUUUGAUUUUAGCUGCCACUGGGCCAGUUGCACUAACGUCCGGUGCAAUGACGAGCCUGGCUACUGCAUCGGUGACGGGUGCUGUGAAUUCCUUCUGGCUAUUGCCUUGGACUCAGCGUAUAAAGAAAGAGAGGAAGGCCUUGGCUGAGAAAUCCAGUGGAGAUGAAUUGGAGGCUAGAGAUGCACCAUUACGUAAGGAGUUCGGGAAGGCACACGGCUUAAGUUUACUGUUCAAUAUGAUCCAUGUUAUAAGUAUGGCCUCUUAUGGUGUCAUCCUAUCCAAAAGCUUGAGUAGCUGA